GGAACUUUUCAGGUGUUUCUACUCGAAUAUGCUGGACCACUGUUCAUUUAUCCGUUGUUUUACUUCCGUCCGGACUUCAUUUAUGGAGAAGGUUCAUCAAGAGAACCUUAUCACUUCGCUGUAACCUGCGCAUUCAUCUGUUGGUCGAUCCAUUACGCCAAACGCUUAUUCGAGACACAGUUUAUUCACCGCUUUAGUAAUGGAACCAUGCCCAGAUUCAAUCUUGUGAAGAACUGUUCAUACUACUGGGGAUUUGCUGGCUUUAUUGCUUACUUUGUCAACCAUCCUGCGUAUACUCCUCCGUACUUUGGCGACAAGCAAGUGUACUUCGGUCUUGUAGGAUUUGCCAUUUCUGAAUUCGGAAAUCUCUCCAUUCAUAUUUUACUCCGCAAUCUUCGUCCUCCCGGAACUCGUGAACGCCGUAUUCCCCGUCCAGAUGGAAAUCCACUGAGCUUGCUUUUCAACUUCGUUUCGUGUCCCAAUUAUACGUACGAAGCAUUGUCAUGGCUAUCGUUCUCCAUCAUGGUGCAGAGUUUUCCAAGUGAGUUAUCUUCAUUAUAG